AGGUCUCAGCACCCGAUCCGAGUAACCGCUGCCGAUCUCUCCUCGUCAUUUCGUCGUCGUCUCCAUCUCGCUUUUGAUCGACUCAGAAAAUUCCCCACCAAAAUCUCCUCCCCCUGAAGUCCCGAAGCUCGCGGAAGCGCCGAGAUGUACCAUCCCACGAGAGGCGGCGUCCGCGGCGGCAGAGAUCAAUUCAAAUGGGACGAUGUGAAGGUUGACAAGCAUCGGGAGAAUUACCUUGGUCAUAGUGUUAAGGCUCCGGUUGGUAGAUGGCAGAAAGGAAAGGAUCUUUACUGGUAUACUCGGGAUAAGAAAUCCGACACGGAAGAUGCUCUUAAGGAAGAAAUCAGGAGAGUGAAGGAAGAGGAGGAACAGGCUAUGCGUGAGGCUCUUGGCUUAGCUCCUAAGCGCAGCAAUCGAACUCAGGGUAAUCGCUUGGAUAAGCAUGAAUAUGCUGAGCUGAUUAAGAGAGGAUCAACUGCGGAGGACUUGGGAGCAGGGCACGCUGAAGCAGCACAAGUGCAGGGUCUAGGAUUGUACAAGGCCCCUCGCGAUGAGGGUGGAUCAAGUUCUUUGAGCCUUGACCCUCAAAUGGAGCCUGAGCAGGCUGAACCCCUACUAGCACCCAAGCAGGAGGAUGAUUUGGAAGAUAAUAGGAAGGGGAAAAGGCCACGUGAACGUGACGAGAAGAGAGGGGAGAAGGAGCGGAAACGAGACAGGCAUGGUGAUGGAAAGGAGAGGAGGCGGGACAAGCACGAGAGGAGGCACGACUUGGAGGACAGAUCAAAGCGGCACCGCAAAGACAAGCAGAAGAGGAGGCACGAUUCCGAUUCUGAUUGAUAACGGCCCUGCGCCUGCUCCUGUAUGACUACUGUAUACUGCGAAAUUUCAAACCCAUGGAGCCGCUUUUGUUUGAUGUAUGCCUACGCUUUAAAUUAUGUUUGCCCUAAUGAUGUUUAAGGAUAAAA